GGAAGAGGAGACUGAGUGAGACUGAGUGGGACAGCAGCAGCUGCAGCGUGGAAAUAUUGUUGGUGAAGGAUCAGAGAGGGUUUCAAACCGACAUGGGAAAAGAAGCUUUGCUCACCUUGUAAGAUGUUUCCUCACCACAGAGAAAGGGAGCAGCCAAUCUUCAGCACCCGCGCACAUGUUUUCCAGAUCGACCCCACCACCAAGAGGAACUGGAUACCUGCUAGCAAGCAUGCCGUUACCGUGUCCUUCUUCUACGAUGCCAACCGCAAUGUGUACCGGAUCAUUAGCGUGGGCGGAACCAAAGCGAUUAUCAACUGCACGAUUACGCCCAGCAUGACCUUUACGAAGACAUCCCAGAAGUUUGGUCAGUGGGCUGACAGCAGAGCCAACACGGUCUACGGCCUGGGCUUCGCCACCGAGCAGCAACUGCAUCAGUUUUCAGAGAAGUUUAAGGAGGUGAAGGAUGCUGCCCGAUUGGCUCGAGAAAAGUCGCAGGACAAAGAGCUCGCCAACACUGCCCUCACCAUCGCCGUGCCACAGGACCUCUCGGAUGAAAUCCAGUCUCCACCGAUGAUGUGCGUAAACGGACCAGAGGACAAGCUGUUCCGCAGCCAGAGCGCCGACAUCACUCUGACUUCUGAGAAGGAACGCAUCAGGAAGAUGCUCUCUGAGGGGUCUAUCUGUGAAAUUAACCUGGAGGCUGAGAUCUUCACCUUGCAGGACAGCAACUCCAAAUUGGUGGCAGCUCUGCACGAAGCUAACGCUAACGUGGAGCAGUGGAAGAAACAGCUGGCAGCGUACCAGGAGGAGACGGACCGGCUCAGAGAUCAGGUGGCUGAACUGGAGGCGCACGGAGGCCAGGGGCCCAGUGACCUGCUAAAAGAUGAGCUGACGCAGUCCCUGGAGGAGCUGGAGGCCUUACUGAAAGCCAAAGACGAGGAAAUUCACAUUUUGCAAAGCAAAAAGGCAGAUUAUCAUGAACUGGAGCACGAGAGGGACAGCGCCAUCCACAGAUUAAGAGAGGUGGAGAUGCGCAACUCGGAGUUGGAGCGUCGCAUCCAGAAAACGGAGCAGAACCUGAACAACUCUCUGGAGGAGCGGGACCACGUGGACGCAGAGAUCCAAAGAGCCGUGGAAAUUUUGGACACCAAGAUAUUUGACCUCAACGAUGUUCGCCAGAGCCUUGUUAAACUUAUCGACAAGUAAAAGAAAAGAUGGAUGAAAGUGGCCAAACGCAACCUCCGAGCGACGACGGGUCCGUCGAGGCUGCAGGAGAGUUUGCUCCAUGUCAUGUUGAACCAGCGGCUGUGCGACGUUCAAUGACCGCUAGAUGUUGAACGGAGCAACAGUGGAUAACAUGGUAGUGCCUGUCCAAUCCUAAUGUCUUGUGUUGCUUUCAGAGGUAACUUUCAAUGCAAUAAACGUUAAGGUAAGUGCUCCACCAUGCUAGACAUGUCAUCUGGUGCUUGUAGUUUUUCAGUAAAAUUGCAAUACAGUAUUAAUAUGAUUAAGAGGCCUUGUUUUUUUCAUCUUUGCAUCAGUUAUUCCAUGAAUGAAUGCAAAUAAAGUGCACAAAACAUAAUUACUAAUAGUUUUGUCUAUUUAAGCUCCUGCAUAAAAUAUAGUAAUUAAUUACUGGAUAAUUAGUCAAAGUUAAAAGCUCACAUUUUGUCAUAGCCUGUAAUGAUGUAUUUUACAAUAGUUCAGUUGGAGUUUUUCUACUUAAGUAAACGAAAUACAUAUUCAACAUUAAAAGAAACAUCUGUUUGGUAAUAGUGUCUGGUAUAAAAUAAAAACCUGAACAGUAGAUCUAAAGUUUAACACCAAAGAUCGCGGCUAAGAGCAGGAUGAAGGACUUCUUCAGUGGCUUGUCAAUUUACAGUGUUGAAUCUUUAUUUAGGCAAUAAAGAAAUGUUAUCUUUAGUAAGCUGCAGCAACUCUUGAGAACAUGUUAAGCUAUAGGAUAUUUUAAUAAAAUGCAAAAAGUAUAAAUAAGGUUUUCUCAAAAAGUAUAUUUCAUGAAUUCUACAGAUGUGAAGAAACUAAAGGAAAAAUAUUGUUUAGUCUUGUUUUUCGUUUUUUUUUUGCUUAUUUUUGUUUUUUACUAAUGGCUUUCGGUGUCUUUUGGAGCGACACACACAGAAACUGUUCUGUGUUAUCAGAUAACAAAGCACUUGAAUAACAGCCUUUAGUGAUCGUUACAUUUAAGAUACUUUUCUGCCUUUAUUUCAUUUUACCUUUUAUCUGUGGACAAUGAGCCAUUAGGCCUUGAGUGUUGCUGUGUGAAUGAAUAACUUAUUAAAAUCUGAAAAGCAAAAAACAAGAGAAGCUGUCUACUCACAUAGUGUAUUGUUUGACGUGGUCAUAAAUGACUGUUGCAUGACUACUGAAGCCUUACUGCUCUCUUUGAAGGACAGUUAUGAAUUGUCAUGACGGAUCAAUGUCUCAAAGUCUGAAUGGAAAUAA